AUGGUGAACUCCAUUGAUGAAUACAAGUCUAAAAUCCAAUACAAUGAAAUAGAAAUUACUUUUGAGACUACUACAACUACAGAACCAUCCACAACUACUUUUGAACAAUCUUCUAUUUCUACUACUACUGAACCUACUACUACUACAGCUUUUGGGAUUACUACAACAGAAUCACCCACUACCGCAUCUACUGAAAAACCCACCACAACACCUACUACUAAUACUGAACCAUCUACUACUACUACUACAUCUACUACUACUAAAGAAUCACCCACUACUGCCUCUACUGAAGAACCCACCACAAAAAUUAUUACUACUACACCAUCUACUACUGCUAUAAAUGUUUUGAUUACUACUACAGUACCACUCACUACUUCUUCAACUGAAGAAUUCAUCAUUUCUACCACAACUAAACCACAAUACACUACUACUCAAGGACCACUCACUACUACUACUUCUGAACCCUAUACUACUACAAAAGCUACUAAAGCUUUUGAAAUUACUACUACAAAACCACUCACUACUACUUCUACUGAAAAAUCAACAACCGCUUUAUCCAAGACAACUGAAAGAAAUCAUCAUCAUGAACAUCACACCACAACUAAACCAAAAUAUACUAGUACUACAGAACCACCAACAACUACUACUACUGAACUUUCUGCUACUACUACAGCUUUUGAGAUUACUACUACAAAAUCAUCCACUACUGCCUCUACUGAAAAUACUACCACAAAAACUACUACUACUAAACCAUCUACUGCUAGUACUGCUACAUCUAAAGCAUUUUCUACUUAUACCACAGCUUUGGAGACUACUACAACUACAAAACCAUCCACAACCACUUUAAAAAAAUCUUCUACUUCUUCUACUACUGAACCUACUCCUACUACAGCUUUUAGGAUUACUACAACAGAAUCACCCACUACCGCAUCUGAAGAAAAACUCACCACAACAACUACUACUACUACUGAACCAUCUACUACUACUACAGCUUUUGAGAUUCCUACUACAGGAUCACACACUACUGCCUCUACUGAAAGAGCUACCACAACAACUACUACUACUAAACCAUCUACUACUGCUACCUCUGAAGCAACUUCGAUGUAUACCACAGCUUUUGAAACUACUACAACUACAGAACCAUCCACAACUACUUUUAAACAAUCUUCUACUUCUACUACUACGGAAAUUUUUGGGAUUACUACUACAGAAUCACCCACUACUGCCUCUACUAAAAAACCUACCACAACAACUACUACUACUGAACCAUCUACUACUACUACUACUACAGCUUUUGGGAUUACUACUACAGUAUCACCCACUACUGCCUCUACUGAAAGGGCUACCACAACAACUACUACUACUAAACCAUCUACUACUACUACUGCUACUUCUGAAGCAUCUUCUACUUAUACCACAGCUUUUGAGACUACUACAACUACAGAACCACCCACAACUACUUUUGCACAAUCUUCUACUUCUACUACUACUGAACCUACUACUACUACAGCUUUUGGGAUUACUACAACAGCAUCACCCACUACCACAUCUACUGAAAAACCCACCACAAUACCUACUACUAAUACUGAACCAUCUACUACUACAUCUACUACUACUAAAGAAUCACCCACUACUGACUCUACUGAAGAACCCACCACAACAAUUAUUACUACUACACCAUCUACUACUGCUACAACCACCACAACAACUACUACUACUACUGAACCAUGUACUACUACUACUACUACUACUACAUCUACUACUACUAAAGGAUCACCCACUACUGUCUCUACUGAAAAGGCUACCACAACAACUACUACUACUACUACUAAACCAUCUACUACUGCUACUGCUACUUCUGAAGCAUCUUCUACUUAUACCACAGCUUUUGAGACUACUACAACUACAGAACCACCCACAACUACUUUUGCACAAUCUUCUACUUCUACUACUACUGAACCUACUACUACUACUACAGCUUUUGGGAUUACUACAACAGAAUCACCCACUACCACCUCUACUAAAAAACCCACCACAACAACUACUACUUCUACUGAACCAUCUACUACUACUACUACUACAUCUACUACUACUAAAGGAUCACCCACUACAGUCUCUACUGAAAAGGCUACCACAACAACUUCUACUACUACUACUAAACCAUCUACUACUACUACUGCUACUUCUGAAGCAUCUUCUACUUAUACCACAGCUUUUGAGACUACUACAACUACAGAACCACCCACAACUACUUUUGCACAAUCUUCUACUUCUACUACUACUGUACCUACUACUACUACUACUACAGCUUUUGGGAUUACUACAACAGAAUCACCCACUACCACCUCUACUAAAAAACCCACCACAACAACUACUACUACUACUGAACCAUCUACUACUACUACAUCUACUACUACUAAAGGAUCACCCACUACUGUUUCUACUGAAAAAGCUACCACAACAACUACUACUACUAAACCAUCUACUACUACUUCUGCUACCUCUGAAGCAACUUCCACGUAUACCACAGCUUUUGAGACUACUACAACUACAGAACCAUCCACAACUACUUUUAAACAAUCUUCUAUUUCUACUACUACUACUGAACUUUUUGGGAUUACUACUACAGAAUCACCCACUACUGCCUCUACUGAAAAACCUACCACAACAACUACUACUACUGAACCAUCUACUACUACUACUACAGAUUUUGGGAUUACUACUACAGUAUCACCCACUACUGCCUCUACUGAAAAACCUAACACAACAACUACUACUACUGAACCCUCUACUAGUACUACAUCUCUUGAGAAUACUACUACAAAACCACUCACUACUACUGCUACUGAAAAAUCAACAACCACUGUACCCACAACUACUGUGGUUUCUUCAGGAAAAACCUCAACAACUGAUUCUGCCAAUCCUUCCACUACAACUGAACAACUUACAGGAAAAACGUCAGCAACUGAUUCUGCCAAUCCUACCACUACUACUGAACAACUUACAGUUCCAUUCUGGGUUAUUAUCCUUAUUGGACUAGCCUCUAUUCUUGCUCUUGGCUUACUACUUGGUCUGCUGUUUGGAAUAUCUGCCUGUGUAAAAACUGGUUUUUAUAAUGUAAAAUCUUGUCCCAGUUACUUACCUCACUUGAGAUUUUGGAAUGCUUUUGAAUCAUCCAACAUUACAGACCCUGAAAGGGGAAUUCACCCUGUACGACAGACAGGUGGAACUUCAGCUCAAGGAGAGAGAUUUGAGCUCAGCCCAAAACAAGUCUGAUUUUGUUAAAAAAAAUAUUCUCUUAUUGUCUCUAUUAACCUACUUGCUAUGUAUAUCUAGAUAGUAUAUACCAUGAUGUUAAUGACAUCACUACAUGCAUGAUGUAAGUUUGUGUGGUAGGGCCUCAUAACCAAACAGGUUUAAAUAGGUGACAAUGACAAUAAUCUAAUUUAUUUAAGCAAUUAUUAUAAAAUAUAAAUGUAUUUACACAUGGCAUUCUAAUGUAUAUAAUGUAUGCAACUGUUCCUACUUUACUUGUUUAAACUAUAUUUCUGU